AAAAAAAAAAAAAGGAAAAAAAAAUUCUUCUUUCUUUUCUUUAUUUUUAGUUUUUGUUUUAUAGAAAAAAAAAUGAAAUUUUUAUCUAUUGCCAUUUUGCUAUUAACAACAGCUACCAUCACACAGGCACAACAACUAUGCAAUGGUUAUGCAGAAUUCUGUUCAAAACAGUAUCAAACACUGACUUACUUGAUGACUCAUAAUUCUUAUAGUUACAUAGCUAACCCAGCUGCUAAUCAAGCUUGCCCAGUUAAUAUUCAACUAGAUGAUGGUGUUCGAGGCCUAAAGUUAUCGGCUAUCAAGAUGACUAAUUCAUCUUCUAUUCAACUCUGUCAUACAUCCUGCACUAUCCUUAACGCUGGUCCUGCUGUUGAUACGCUUUCUACCAUCACUAACUGGCUUAAAGCAAACCCGAAUGAAGUAAUCACUAUUAUGUGGAAUAAUUUAGGGUCCUUUGGUACAGACGCUUUCAAGACAGCUUAUACAAAUAGUGGAUUGAUCGAUUAUGUUUAUACACAACCAUUUGAAAAUUUUACAUGGCCUACGUUAGGAGAAUUGAUAGCAUCCGGUAAACGAGUUAUCAACUUUAUAGAUGAAGGAGCUAAUAGUAAAGAGUUACCAUGGUUAAUGAGAGAGUGGGAUUUUGUGUUUGAAACACCUUAUAAUAAUCGUAAUGAAUCAUCUUUUGAGUGUAUUAUCGACCGACCUAAUCCACCCGAGAAUCCAACUAAAGUGAUGUAUGUCAUGAAUCACUUUUUAUAUGGUACCUUAACUUUAGGCUCGACCACAAUUGAAAUACCUCAGAAGGGCACUUCGGAUGUUACAAAUGGAGAUGGUUCGCUACUAAAACAGGCAGAACAAUGCACUCAUGUCUUUGGCAGACAACCUAACUUUUUAGAAGUGGAUUUCUAUAAUAACGGAGAUGCUUUACAAAUUACGGCUCAGUUAAAUAACGUCACCUAUCAUGAAAAGCAGUUGCAAUGUAAUGUAUAUGAAUCAACAGCGUCAACAUCAUCUACAACAACAGGUGGUUCCAUAUCGGAAGCAACAAGUAAUAUCAUGGUAUCAUUAACAGCAGCACCUAUUUUGUUAUCUUUAGUUGCGGUCAUGUUCUCGGCUUUUCUUUAGAUUUUAAUAAUAAUUUCUAUUUUUAUACAUGUAUAUUUUUUUUAGGCUUAACAAAAAAAAAAAAAAGCUCAUUUGUUAAUGUAAUACAUAUCCUAUUUAUAUUUAUAAACAUAAUUUGGCUUAU